CACUACUCAAACCAUCCAACAAUGGCAAAACCCGUUAGAACAUCAACACAGCGUCGUCGUCCGGUUGUGGAAACUUCCGCAGACGGUGCUCCUUCUAUUCCAAACAAAAAAAGCAACAAGGUGAGAAGCAAGAGGAAGCAAAAGAAAGCGUUGAAGCCAAUGUAUGUUGUAUCAUAUAGCGAUGGUGGCGAUGACGAAGCCAACGAAGCCAAAAGGGAACUCUACGCACCAUUUCGUCGCGAAUUUCCAGAUACUGCGGUACGAAGCUCUCCCAAACAGAAGCCUAAACACAAAAAGGACGCCACUGCCAGCGACCACAAUCGCAGUCACAAGAAUAAAGGUAGCAAACAUUCUUCUCUCUUGUGCAAGCACCGAAAUGGUGUUGUCUCGUCGCACGCAAGAAUGUCUUUCGCCGGGGAAGUACUAGAAGGCGAUCGCCACGGAGACAACUACUUUGCUUCGAAGCAAGGAAAGACAUCAUCAUCUGCACAUCCACGCCAACUAGGACUCCCACUUAUGCCUACAGAAAGCUCAAGCAGCGAAACAAUCAGUAUUCUUAGUGACACUGUAUUUUGCGUGGGGCAAAACUCGGCCGAUGCCAAUGCGGCUACAGCGGCGGCAGCGGCGACAGCAUCUCCCGAAGAAAUCCAGGCCUUCAGUGCUAUCUUAGACCACAUGAUGAAGGAAGGAGGAGCGGAGGAUGCCAAGAAGAAGAAGAACAAUAAUAACAACAAGAAGAAGAAAGACAAGAAGAAGAAGAAGAAGAAGAAGAAGAAUACUCCAUUUGCGAUGUUUCGUGGGAAAGCGUUGGUUGAUACUCCCCCUACUCACCAAGAUGUACCACAAGACCAUGAUCGGCAACCACAACAACAACCACAAAAACAAAAGGGAUUCAACUACCGAAAAUACACUUCAAACAGUACGAUCGAUCCUUCUUCGUUUGCCAAGUACUUAUCGUCCGACGAAGAUGAUAGCCUUGAUGAAAGCGGGGUGUUCGAUGAAACCAUAACCACUGACAAGAACUACAAAAAAAAAGAAGACUUCAGGAUGUCAGAUCGAUGUGAUUCAGACUCGUUAUCGAUUGGAUUGGCCGACGACAGAUAUGCAUCAACCUUCGAGCAAACCACUGUCCUCGGGGACACGACAUUCGAACAAACUGUCCUCGAGGGCGCUGCCACCUACGAGCAAACUUAUGUUGAAGACAAAGCGAAGAGAGCGGAAAAAAUCAACGACGACGACAACGAAACAAGAGAUUGGUACGUGCCCGAUGGUACCACCAUCGGAGGCACGUAUACCAAUGCAAAUAACACUUUGGGUGGAAGUACAGCGUACAAUAAUCCUCCAAGAUUAAAUUUGCCAUCCAUUGAUUUCGAUGAGUCCUUGCUGCAGUACCACACUACAACCUUUGAAGGCACCGAAGCAACGUACGAUGACGAAACCGAUCGCGUCUUCAGCUGUGAUGACAGCACCGAAAAUAGUGACAGCGAAAGUGACGAGAGUAGCAACAGUGGUUCGUACACCGAUUAUACCAGGAAUGGAGGCACUAGCCUAUUUUCUGAAUCUACCUAUUCCACCGUCGCCAGCGGCGAUAUUUCUUCCGAACGCAACACAUCUUCAACCAAAAACAACAAGAAGAACAACAAACCCGAUCGUCUGUUACCAUUCCAAAGGAAACGACCGGAGAGAAAUUCAUCUUCUACACGUGACAAUGAUUGCAAUGAAAACGUCAACACUGGCAACAACAAUCGAAUGCAGAAAAAAAAGAAUAGAACAAAAAAACAAAAUUCACAGACAUGCGGUAAGAACACACCAGAGUAUGGGGAUGAAUCUAUCAAAUCGAAUACUGUCUUUGCUCUCCCUCCGUUUCAAAAGAAUGGCAAAUAUACUAAUACUCCUCCAGCUUCGGAUGCUGCUUCGCCUGUAAAUUCUACCAUGCGUAAGAAGGGACUUCCUCCUCUCCCACCGACUUCCACUACUGCUCUUGAUCCAUCCAGCGAGCAAGUGUCUUUGAACACUUCUUCCAAAAACCAAAAGAUCAAAAAGCCCCUGGCUUCCGCAACCAACAACAAUAACUGGGACAUGAUGAC